AUGAAUAUUAACAGUAAUAGCAAGCCAAGUCUUUAAGAAUAUCUUGAUAAAUUAAAACAAAUCCAAGAUGCUAAUAAUAGGAGACUAAGUUAAGCUAAAUCAUAAACAAAUGCUUCAAAAAUAAUGACUCCUAAGACAGUUUCUCAAUUAAAAUAAUAAUAAACCAAAUCAUCAACUGAUCGUUCUCACUCUUAACAUAAAUUAAUACCUUUCUUUUAGAACAGAAAAGUGUCAAGUUCUAAAAGAUAAACAAGUUAAGCUGAUGAACCUAAAAUACCUAUCUCUAGUUAAGGUAUAACAAAAACAGUAGAAGCAACAUCUCCAAGAACAUGUGAAUUAGAGGAUAUAAAAAAAUAAUUAAACUAAUGGUUUAUUAAAGAGAGUAAGAAUAAUAAUACUGGAGGAUGUCUCUAAUUAUUGGAACCAACAUUAGUUCAUAAUAUUUGUAUAAAUUAAAUUUAUUAUCAUAGUAAAAUUACCUCCCAGAUAGAAGAUUAAUUCAGAACUAAGAGCUUCUCUUUCAGCUAAAGAUAUGUUAAAUAAUACAGCACUUCAUUAUGCAGCCAAAAAUGGGAAUGCUUAAUUAACAUCUGCAUUAAUAUUUAAGUAAAUUGCUAUUGAUGCAUAAAACAAAGAUCUUAUGACUCCGUUAAUUUUAGCUGCCAUUAAGUAUUGAAUUGUUAAAUUAAAUAUAAGUGGAUACGAAGAAGUCUUGAUGAUAUUGAUGAAUGCAGGUUCAGAUAUCAAUCACUAAGAUUCUUAAGGAAAUACAGCAUUACAUUAUGCUUGUAAAUAGAAUCAUAAAAUAAUUAUCCAAUUAUUAUUGAAAAGACAAUCUAUUUAGUUUAAAAAAAACAAAGAACAAAAAAUAGCUGAAUAAUAUGCAUAAAAUGAAGAAAUCCAACGUUUAUUCUAGAAUUAUAAUGAAGAUAUUAAAAAAUAAUGUAAGUAAUUUGUUAAUCUUAAUUUAAGAAUAAAAAAUGAAUAUGGUCUAAAUAUAAAACACUUAAAAUGAUGUCAUUCUUAAAAUGUUUUAAUUUAAAAGAGGAUAGAUAAAUUAAUAAUAAUAGUAAUAGUAAUAAUAAUAAUAAUAAUAAUAAUAAUAAUAAUAAUAAUAAUAAUAAUAAUAACCAAAUUUUGCAUAAACUCAAACUCAAUUAAAUAGUUAUUCAUGUAAAAAUUUAAAUAUUGUAAAUAAAUAAUCAUCUUCUCCAAACAAUCGAACUUAAUAAGAGAUUAAAUAGGAAAGAUUAAAUAAAAUAAACUCAACUCAUUCUGCUAAAUAAUAGUUAACAAAUACUGUUUCAACAAAUUCUGAUUCAAUUAAGAAUAAAGAAGAAGAAAAGAUUGGACCUCAAUAAUUUCAAGUUAUUGGAUUAAUUGGAAAAGGAAGCUUUGGAGAAGUAUAUUUAGUUUAGAAAAGCAAUUAGUUAUAUGCUAUGAAAGUGCUCCAUAAAAGUAGAAUCAUGAGUACAAUUAUAUUAUAAUAUAAAUAGAACAUAAUUUAACUAGAUAUGCUUUAACUGAAAGGAAUGUAUUAUCAAUCACAUCUCAUCCCUUCAUAGUUAAAUUAAGAUUUGCAUUCUAAACAUAGGAUAAAUUAUUUAUGAUUUUAGAUUAUUGUCCAGGAGGGGAUUUAGGAGAAGUGUUAUAAAAGUAGAAGAGACUACCUGAAAAUAUAGUGAAGAAUUAUUUAUGUGAAAUUGUCUUAGCCUUAGAGGAUUUACAUAAAAGAGAUAUUAUAUUUAGAGAUUUAAAACCAGAUAAUAUUGUUUUGGAUACUGAAGGUCAUGCUCUUUUGACAGAUUUUGGAUUAUCUAAGGAAGGAAUCCUUGAACCUAAUACUGGUGCUAGAUCAUUUUGUGGAUCAGUUGCAUAUUUGGCACCAGAGAUGUUAAAGAGAUCUGGUCAUGGAAAAGCUGUUGAUUGGUAUUUAUUAGGAGUUGUGAUGUAUGAAUUAUUAGUUGGAUUGCCUCCUUAUUAUGCAAAUAAUAGAGAAGAAUUGUUUUAUAAUAUUGAAAAUGCUUAACUCAAAAUACCUUCAUAUAUUUCUAAUGAGGCUAAAAAUCUAUUAAAAGCAGUAUCAAUUUAUUUAUAAAUCCUAAGUUAUUAUAACGAAAUCCAGCUAAGCGUCUUGGCUCAGGCAAAGGUGACUCAGAAGAAAUCAAGGCACAUCAAUAUUUCUAGGAUGUUAAUUGGGAUAUAGUUUAUAAUAGAGAAUUAACAAUGCCAAAACCAAACAGAAAAAUUAGAAUUAAUACUAAAAUUGAUGGAAACGUUUUUGAUAUGCAGAGCAUAGUAGAUGAAUCUAAAGCUCAUUUAGGAGGCUGGACCUUUGUUAAUAAUGAUGAUUUAUGA